CUCAGUGGAAGUCCGUUAAUGGCGCUCGCGGCUUAGCGGCUGCCUGUGGCGCUGCCGCUCUUUUUUUCCUUCUCCCCUGCGGGGUCGAGAAGAGCUGAAAGGGGAACCAAAGGGAAGAGCCACCACCGCUGGGGUGGUGAGGAGAGGCACCCGGUCUUCCUGCUGCCAUGGGGGCACAGGAUCGGCCUCAGUGCUUCUUUGACAUAGAAAUCAAUCGAGAGCCAGUUGGUCGUAUUGUAUUUCAGCUUUUCUCUGAUGUAUGUCCAAAGACUUGCAAAAACUUUCUCUGCCUAUGUACAGGUGAAAAAGGAAUUGGGAAAACAACUGGAAAAAAACUGUGUUAUGAAGGCUCUACAUUCCACCGAGUGGUUAAAAACUUCAUGAUUCAAGGUGGAGACUUCAGUGAAGGUAACGGGAAAGGAGGUGAAUCUAUUUAUGGUGGAUAUUUUAAAGAUGAAAAUUUUAUUUUGAAACAUGACAGAGCCUUCCUUUUGUCAAUGGCAAACAGAGGGAAACAUACAAAUGGUUCCCAGUUUUUCAUAACUACAAAGCCGGCUCCUCAUCUCGACAACGUACAUGUUGUCUUUGGACUGGUUAUUUCUGGUUUUGAAGUAAUAGAGCAAAUUGAAAACCUGAAAACUGAUACUGCCAGUAGGCCGUAUGCAGAUGUGCGUGUUAUUGGUUGUGGGGUGCUGGUUACACAAUCAGCGAGGAACGUGUUGGAAAAGAAGAGGAAGGUCUCGCCCCACUCAGAAGCUUCGGAUACCUCCAGCAGCAGCUCAUCGACUUCAUCGGACUCUUCAUCUGAUAGCGAUUCCGAGAAUGAGAGAACUCGGAAGAGGAAGCGCAAGAGAAGAACCAAAACGAAGCAAGCGAGGAAGCGGAGACGGGAGGAAAGAAAGAAAGAAGAGCCCAAGAGCAAAAGGACCUCAGGCCAAAGGAGCCAUUCUGACAAAAGUGAAGCAAAUGAAAAAUCGGUGGACUUGAAUGCCAAAAGGGAUAAGCCGGUUGUCCGUCCUGAAGAAAUCCCUCCAGUGCCUGAAAAUCGAUUUUUGCUGAGAAGAGACGCACCGGUCAUCGCCACAGAGCCUGAGCAGAAGCCCCUUGAUGUAGCACCAGUUUUGUCUGACCAGAAGCCCUCAGUGUCUAAAUCUGGAAGAAAAAUCAGAGGGAGAGGCACAAUACGAUACCAUACGCCCCCUCGUUCUCGCUCAUGUUCAGAAUCUGAUAAUGAGGAAAGCAGUGAAACUCCUCCACACUGGAAAGAAGAAAUGCAAAGAUUGAGAGCAUAUAGGCCACCCAGUGGAGAGAAAUGGAGCAAAGGAGACAAGUUGAGCGACCCAGGAAAGUGGGAUGAAAGAAGCCUCUCGCAGCGGUCGAGGUCUUGGUCCCAUAAUGGCUUUUCAGAUCUAAGUACAAAAUACGCUGGCCACCGCAAAAAACACCGGAAAGAGAAGAAGGCAAAGCACAAGAAAAAGGCGAAAAAGCAAAAACAUUUAAAGAAGCACAAGCAAAUUAAGAAAAAGAGAGUCUCUCCUUCCACGGAGGUAGAUUCUUCUCUUUCUUCUACCAGGAGGACAAAAUCCCCUAGUGUUCAUGAGAGGGUGUCUCGCUCUUCCUCGCUGUCAUCUAGGGACUCCUCCUCUAGAAAGGACUGGUCGAAAUCAGAAAGAGGCAACCAGAGCUCAUUGUCUCUGUCGAGCAGAGACUCACGCUCAUACUACCGGUCCAGAUCUAGAUCCAGAUCCAGAUCUUAUUCUAGAAGGAGUUCGAGGUCAAGAGUUGCUUUGAAGUCUUCUCACUCCAGGAGCAGGUCAAGGUCUAGCUCCGUCUCCAGGCACCCAAGGACCGUAUCCAGUCCUCCCAAAAAUAUUACUGCACGUAUAAAUGAACACAAAGCCGUCAAGGUUGAACCUGCAAGAGCAGCAUUACCGCAGGCCGAUAAAGUUGUGAUACAGCCCAUUGUUGCUGAGAGCAUUCCCGUUAUACCUCUCAGUGACAGCCCUCCUCCUUCUAGAUGGAAACCUGGUCAAAAGCCGUGGAAGCCAUCCUAUGAGCGAAUUCAGGAGAUGAAGGCAAAAGCCACCCACUUAAUACCUCCUCAAACAAGUUACAGCUUAGUCAGUGUCAAAGAGGCUAGUUCAUCCUCUUCGUACCACAAGCGACGAGAGAGUUCAGAUAGCGAUCGGAGUGGUUAUUCCAAAAAUCGGAGUGAUAGAAGUUCUGGAAGCCGGCGAAGGUCAAGGAGCAGGUCGUCUCAAAGUAGAUCCUACUCUAAGUCCUACUCGCGCUCAAGAAGCCCAUCCAGUUCAAGGUCCAGGUCUCGGUCAACGGGUAGAUCCCAUUCAGUGAAUAAAUAUCCCAGUGAUCAGUCAUGCUACAGUGGGUCAUCAUCUUAUUUUUCUCUAAGUGAUGACGACCGGCAGAAAAGCAAAACGAAAUCUGACUCCAGAGAGAGGAGUGUCCAGUUGUCAAAGAAAAGGCAAAGCAGUUCUGAAAGUACUCUUCCAUAUGUGAAAGAGGCAGCUUCUCAAAAGCACAGAGAGAGUGCAAGUAGAUCCUCUUUGGACUUCUCCACAGACAGCGAGCAAUCGGCUAAGACACAGCUGGUCCAAGAAAAAAGACAGUUGCGGCUUGAAAAAGCUAACCAGAAGCAAAAGAAAAGCAGUUCAACUUGUGACGGACAAGAGGAGAAGUCUCGGUCUGAAUGGGACAGUGACCUUUCAAACAGGAGAGCUUCGAAGGAUAAAUCUUCUGAGUCUCCCAGCACUGGUCGGAAGGCAAAAAGGAAAACCCAGGCCGGCAGUAAAUGGGAGUCUGGAUCAAAUUCAGAAAGAGGUGAGAUCAAGAAUGAUAAAGAAGGUUCCAGGUUAUCUUCUAGUAAGGAGGAAGGUGAAGCUACGUCAGAUUCUGACACAGAACUUAUCCUUGCCAACCUUAAGACGAAAGUAGAUUCCUUCUCAGGAACGUUGAAGACAGGUAAGCAGCCGUCGUCCCCUUCUGAGUCAGGGAGCUCUUGUUCCAAUUCAGGUACUCGGGGAAAAUCAAAAAAGCAAAAGCAUGGUUCCAAAAAGAACCUCAAAAAGGGACAUUCCAAAAAAGCAAAAGAGAAAUCCAAGGGUAAAAAAGAGAAGCAUAAAGCUCCAAAGCGAAAGGAAACGUUUCAUUGGCAGCCUCCCCUGGAGUUCGGAGAGGAGGAGGAAGAAGAGGACAUGGCUGUAAAACCGGCUGCGAAGGAUGAGAAAGCCACGGCUGGUGUAAAAGAGAAAAAUCAGGAUCGUGCUUCUGAACAUAAGGAAGUGAUGAAAGAACAAACCCAAGAUGAUGAAAAGCUCUGUGAAGAUAAAAUGCCCUCUGAUGAAGUUGCAGGCGGAACAUCUCCACUUAACAAACAUAGUAAAGAUGAUGGGGAACAGUCGUCUGGCGCCAUUCCUCUAAAUCCAGAUAAAAAUGCGGAUGCUUCCGGGAGUCCUGAUGGCACCAAAGCAAAUGAUGAAAAUGAGGUGGAUGUUACUCAGAUGGACGACAUGGAGAUCUGUACUCCGGACCACAACUCACCUGUGAAGGUGGAUCUGGACCCUUCACCAGUAAGCCUGAAGGUGAACCUCCAGGCCUCUAAAGUUAGUAAGAACUCAGAUGUCUCAAAUAAUUCUGAAGCAGAGGUUGCAAAUGAAAGACUCGAUGCUAGAGAAGCAGCCAGCGUCAAGGAAGAGAGAAACAGAGAGAGAGAGAAGCAGAGCCCUAGCCCCACAUCAUCAAUGGCUGCUGUGGAAAGUGUGCUGAAAACUGAAGCGACAGAAAACGCGCAGAACAGCGUGGUAGAUAAUAAAUGGAAACCGCUGCAGGGUGUAGGGAAUCUUCAGGUGAUGGCUGCUGCCAGCAAUCUGGUGGAAACCAAAAAUGUGGCCUCCUCAUCAGAAUCGAAGCCACAAGGUUUAAGGAUAGAAAUUAAAAGCAAAAAUAAAAUUAGGCCAGGCUCUCUGUUUGAUGAAGUCAGAAAGACAGCGCGGCUCAAUCGGAGGCCACGAAUCCGCGAGAGCUCCAGCGAAGAGGAUUCCCCCCCACGGGAGAACAGCCAGUCAAGGAGCCGCAGCCGGUCACGGAGUAAAUCGGACCCCAAAUCCAGGCACAGAACAAGGUCCCUUUCCUAUAGUCACUCCAGAAGUCGAUCAAGGAGUUCUACUUACUCUUACAGGUCGAGGAGCUACACACGAAGCCGAAGCAGAGGGUGGUACAGCAGAGGCCGUUCAAGAAGUCGAAGUAGUUCCUAUCACAGUUACAGAAGUCACAGCCGUACCUAUAGUAGAAGUCGGUCCAGGAGCAGUUCAUAUAAUCACCAUAGUCGAUCCAGCAGAUCCUACACUUAUGACAGUUACUACAGCAGAAGUCGCAGUCGAAGUAGAAGCAAGAGAAGUGACAGUUAUCACAGAUCUCGCAGUUACGACAGACGGUCCAGGUCUUACGGUUCUGACAGCGAAAGUGACCGCAGUUACUCUAACCACCGAAGCCCCAGUGAAAGCAGCCGAUACAGCUGAAAGUGGACUCUAGAAAAUGUUGAUUAUAUUGAGCAAUUUUUUCACGUCACUAUCGUGUAAGAAACUCCCCUCAACCCCUGGUGCUCUGAGUAAAAAUGAAGGGUGCCUGAUGCCUGGUGGCAUGCAGCCUUAACUUUGAGCGCAGGUUCUUUUUUUAUGUUGUGUACUCUUCCUGGAGCUGGGACUUCCCAGCCAGGGGGUUACACUUACGCAGAUUGGCUGGCAUUGUAUUUCGAGAGAGACAUCUGCUGUACUGGAAAAAUCCAGUGCAGAGAAGCAGAUGGGUUCUGGCCUGUUCGCAAAAAUAUGCUGGCAACUAUGGAGUUGUGAAGGUAAUAAUUACUAUUAAAAGGCUACCUUCUGUGUAGUUAAUGAAAAAGCUUCUCGUCGAUAUCGCUGCCUCAGUCCCGCAGUGUCUUGUACGUACAUGGUAUAAGCUGACAGGCGUCCCUAGCUUUCUCAAGAGAAUGAAGGCGGGCUCUCUGUCUUGGCCCCACCCAUUUUCUUUCUGUUGUACCUUUUCAUCGCAGAGGCCAUGCCAGGCGGGCUUUCUCGUAUGAUGCAAAAUGUCAUUCUUCUGUUUAGGGGCUGGGCUUGUGACUCUUACUUGAACAAGUUAAAAACAGUUAAGUGCUCACACUUGGCCACUUAUUCCAAAAGUGGUAUUAGACAGUUCUCUUGGUUUGGUAUCAAUAGAGGAAUAAUGUCAUUGUUACUGUCUGUGCUUGUAAAAAAAACCAACAGACUUUGACAUGGUUAUUUUCAAAGUCUGCUCCCACCUGUGUGCAAAAGUGUUGGGUGCCAUUUCAGUGAAAUGUGUGCGACUCGGAUAAGAGGGUUGCUGUUGGAUAUUUCCACCAUCCUGUAGUUUAAGAUUGCCACCUGAUGGAAAUGGGUAAAUAUUGCACGAUUAUGUAUGAUAGCCAUGAAAGAAGAGUAGAUGUGUUCUGUACCAAAAAGAGCAUCUGCAUCCUGUUGCAGAUUGUAAAUUGGUUCAGAGAACUCAUUUUCAACAUGGAGCACUGAUUUUUUCCCCAGUGCUGUAAUUCAGACUUUCAGUAUAUACAAUUUUUUUGUACUGAAUAAUUUACUGAGGGAGAGGGGAUGGGUUUGUUUGUUUUUUUACAAAGGGGAAAUUGUUCCCUUAUAAUGUCCAUUUGGUAGCAGAGGGACAUGCCAGUUGUAACUAGUGGUGACAACUGAGUCUGUUAACUUUCUAUGAUUUUGAGAUGCUGUACAUUUCUUAGGUGUUAAAAAUUGAUACCUUUUGUCAAGCGCCGAAAGCUGUACAUUUUUAAAUAUGUGAUUGCAAUUAAAAUAUGAAUCAUUUUAAGUAUUGGAUAUGGUCAUUAGGUGUUACUUGGGGGCGGGGGGGAAAGCACCUAAGGGGACUGCAGUGAAGACUGAGACAUCUUCCUCCUCUGUUUAUCCUUUAUGCAUUAUUAUUAUUAUUAUUAUUAGUUCGAUUUACAAACUGCCCAUCCUCAGGGGCUCUGCAUGAAGUUUAAGUCUGUCACAUUCAAGACUGCAUGAUAGUUGCUACAGAUGGGCUACAUUGGGCACUUUAUCCUAAGUAUCUGCUGAACCUCUCUUUCAAGGGCAAUUCUGCCCAGAAAAAACACUCCAAUUUUGUAUUCAUUAUUUUGUAAUCAAUAUGUUUAACUGCCAUAAAUUUUUGUGUGUCUUCAAUUUGUUGCCUGUUAUGUGUCUAUUUUCUUUUAACAGCUUGUGAAAACGGGAAUGUACUGGUAAUUCCCAUGAG